AUGGACCAGUCCAGUGGCACUUUAUCCGAUGUUGACGAUGAUGAUGUCUCCGUCAUCGAGUACGCCAGAUACUAUGGCCUGAGCAAAGAUUACACCUCCUCCUACCCUUUAUCACCUCACAUUGUUCGCUCAAUUCUAAAUUGGGAAGGAUCUGAUCUCGGUCUCGAACGGCUCCCAAAGUUCAGGCUUCCAAGCGAACUUGACCUUGACGAGAGAUGGACCAUUGACCACCAAAGCGCCUUGUUCCUCAAGCAGAUCGCAUCAAUCGAAGUCGUACCUUUUCCUGAAAUUAUUCGUUCAAGAAUCAAAUCUUUCGAGUUCCAGAUCGAGCCGCUAUUGUUGGCGACAGAUCCAGACCUUGAGCAGCGACGAUUUAUGCGGGCAAGACAAUCAAGAGAAGACAAGAGCUUGCAACAAGCAUUGCCAAAAGCUUCAUGGCAAGAUGAUGAAGAAGCAUCGCUAUACUGGCCGGAUCCCAACUUGCCAUCAGUACUAAUCCAACAGAUAAAGCAAGAGAAAUUGCAGCUUGACAAGAACGACAUACACUUCUUACAGCAAUGCAUUUCGAUCACCGAGAAGCCCAAUAUACAAGAGCUUGAAACACCGCCAUACAAGAAGGCACAGAAAGAGUACGAGGACGCGAGACAUACAUCACCACUCCUGCAGUGUUCGUCGCCAUUCCAAUUCAGCGUCCCGGAUUCACCUGUUAGUCGCAUGCCAUUGGCGACCAGUCCCAUUGAUCCUGUUGCGGCCGAGAUCGUCAGGAUCGAGUCUACCAUGGAGGUUGACGACGAAUUCUCCUUAGACGGGCUUUCAGACAUCUCAGCAUUCGACAUCGAGGCUGCCAGCGAGCUAUGCACUAGCUCACCAUUGAAACGCAAACAGGCUGAGGAUUAUAAGAUGGAAACCCCACUAUUGCCAGCCUUGGAGUCCUCGUCCCCACUGAAGAAACUAAAGAUGGUCACCUUCUCAGACGAACUGUGUACUACAAUUCCUGGAUAUGCCAAACCUUUUCCAUCGGAGGAUUCAAAUGGUACAGAUGGAUUCUGCAACUUCUUUGAACAGGUCAUCAAGCCUGGUGCAGAGUUUGCACGUCUUUCCAUCAGUAACGAACAAUUGACACAGGCGGACUCGAUGCUGAGAGCAGAAGUGCCCGCCAUCGAUCAGACAGGCCCUCUGCCACCAUGGGAACUUUUCGCUCGCAGGCAGCUAAGCUGUCAAACAGAACUUGAGGCUCAGCAGCAGUUGGUAUCCAUGCUAAAGCGCGAAACAAUCAGACCCCGUGACUACUGGCCUAGUGUCGGUGAUGUCGAUAGGGCUCUGUCGCGUUGGCGACCUUUCGACAUGCAGAUGAGUGAUCUGCCUCGAGAGAAGAUUGAAUGUAGUUAUCUGGGCGACUUCAGUGCUGUGGAGCCUCAAGACACAACGUCCGGAUGGAAAUUAGACGGUCUGAGAAUUUUGGACCCAUGCGAAGAUGAUGAUGAAGAGAUUGAAGCUACAGACCUGUCAACAACUUUGGAGAAUUUCGACCUCAUAGAAGGCUCCCACGAGAUUUCGUCAGCAGCUCAGUCUUUGGCACCUAGCGCGUUUUCAGUGAGUAAUUCUUUGGAUCGCUUCAUGCAAAUCCAUACUGGCAAGAAGAUGCGCAUCGAGGAACCAAGGCUACAGACUCAGGCUAUAUCAAGAAAUACCAACAAGCUCAUCGUUGAUCCCGCAGCUCAUGCAGGAAGACAUGAAGACCUGGAAAAAGUGACAAGUUCAACACCGGUUCAUGUUCCCGCCUUGCCUACGCCAAUGCCACCACGAACUGUCGUCUUGUCGUCAACCAUGUUUGCAAGACGUAUUUUAGUGAAGGAGAUUGAGCGUCUGAACCCAAUGGCCGAAUAUAUCGAACGCGAUUUCUCGUCGGCUCAUCUAUUGCGUGGGUUGUCGUCCCAGACUUCGGAAGCCGACGAAGCGGAUAUAAUCCUCUCACCUGGACAUGGGGUCAUGCUGACCACUUUGCAAAAAAUCAUGCAAAAGAGCUUGCCAGGCGAAGUCAUCCGUAAUCUUAUCCGUGAGCGUGUUGUACAACUCGCGCGCCGAUACGAGCGUCUCAUAAUUAUGGUGCACGAAGAUCGGAGUAGCGAUCAACACCAUCCAUUGGACAGCCGCGAAUCUGGCGAACUCGUGUCUCUCAUCAACUUCUGCGCAGCGCGAAGUCAUGAUAUUCAGGUUAUGUACAUUCCUGGAGAUGAGCCGGCAUUGGCCACCUGGAUUGUUGCAUGUAUGAUUCGCUUUGGUCUCGACGAUCCGGAGGUACAAUUGUUACAAGAUGAAACUUCGUGGGAACUGUUUCUCAGAAAGGCAGGCAUGGACGCGUUUGCGGCUCAGGUGGUUCUGAUUAACCUAAAGGCCCCCGAUCCCAUGCCCGCCCAUUCAACUGACCAAUGUUACGGCUUGCCUGCAUUUUUAAUGAUGGACGAAGCCGAGAGACUGAAGAUGUUCGGCACCCUUUUCGGUGGAGAGAAGAUCCUGAGGAAGGUGAGCAUGGCCAUCGAUGGCUGCUGGAAACGACUGUGGUAG